AAAAAAAACUCUUGGAGAACCAGGAGUAACACAGUCCUGAUCCUGAUCCUCUGGAAGAUUACAUGUGAGUCACGCCGGCGUUUUACCUUCACCGAAGUCACAUGAACAAAGCCUUGAAUGAUCAGCACUGAAAUCAUCGUUGUUCAUAAACCACAAGGUGGAAUUACAAUAAAAGCAAAAACACCACCAAAAAGCUUCAGACAGCAGCUCAAUAAUUUCCAUCAAGCUGUCAUAACUUCGUACUGAAUCUCCAAUCUUCGAUCCAAUACCAUCGUUCCGAAAUCUACCCCACUUCUCCCAGGCCACCAAACCCCCACCACCAAACAUGAAGCCAACACAAAUCCACAUCCUCGGCGCCUCUGGCAGCGGAGUUAGCACACUCGGAACAAACCUUUCAUCCGCCCUCUCGGUUCCCGUCUUUGAUGUCGAUGACUACUUCUGGCUUCCAACCAACCCACCAUUCACCACCAAGCGACCCAUCCUUGAUCGUAUCGCCAUGAUCAAACCGCUUCUUGCAAGCGCCCAAGAGGAACAUGGAGGAUGGGUACUAGCUGGAUCACUGGGAACGUGGGGUGGUGAAUUGAUGGAACAUGUUGAGCAUGUGAUCUUCGUUGACACUCCGACGGAAGCGCGAAUGGCUCGGUUGAGGGCGAGAGAGUACAAGCGGCACGGAGAGAGGAUUAAGGAAGGUGGGGAUAUGUAUGAGGAGUCAACAGCAUUCUUGAACUGGGCCGAGAGAUAUGAGGAUCCUACCCUAGAUGAAGGUAGGAGUAGAAAGAUGCAUGAGGAUUGGUUGAAAGAAGUAAAGGUGCCGAUUACAAGGUUGCAGGGAGACAAGGAGGAGUCGGUGGUGAUCAAGGAGGCUUUGGAAGGGCUGGGGAGGAAGAAGUGAGUUUUGAAACUGAAUUCUUUGUCCUCAGAAUUAGUAGAGAAGUAUGUUCGGGAAGCAUGUAGAUAUCCUGGGACUUUUCUCGGCUUUCUAUUUUCAGAUUUAGGGCCAAAUUCUUCAAAAUUUCAGCUUCGAUAAAAUCACUGAGCUAUCAUAGAUAGAAAGGACACCAAGAUAAGAAGCGUUACAAUCCAGGGGAAAAGCAGGAAAGACGAACAAAUGUUGGGUUGGAAAUGUGGCAGAGAUAGAGUGGAA